UCUCUCAUCUCUACCCACCCACCCAUCCCAAACCCAUCUCUCUCUCUCUCACACACACACACAGAAAGCUCGACCACCCAAUGAUGUGUUUCCGUCGCUUCCACGAGGCAUGGCUUCACCAGCUAAGCCGCCUCCACCAUCAACUCGAAUCUGCACCCAAACCCAAGACCAAAGAAGACCAGUUCUACCUCAAACAGCUCGUGGAACGGGUCAUGACUCACUACGAGGACUACUACCGAGUCAAGACCCACACGGUGACUCUGGACGCGUUCUCCAUGUUCUCUGCCCCAUGGGUUAGCAGCCUGGAGCACUCCCUCCAGUGGAUAACUGGGUGGAGGCCAACCGUGGUUUUCCACCUCAUCUACACCGAGUCAAGCUCCCGAUUCGACGCCAAGCUGAUCGACAUCCUACAGGGACACAGGACAGGAGACCUCGGAGAUCUCUCACCAGGUCAACUCAGUGGAGUUAGUAAUCUGCAGUGUGAAACAGUGAGCGAGGAAAAUGAGAUCAGUAAGGAGCUAUCGGAAUGGCAAGACGAUGUGUGCGAUAUCAUGCCGUCGAUGGGCACUGAUGACGUGGAUCGGAAGAUGCAAAAGUUUGUGAAAGUGUUGGAGAAAGCCGAUAAUCUACGGCUGAAAAUGAUACGGCGAGUGGUGGACUUGUUGACCCCACAACAAGCUGUCGAGUUCUUGAUUGUCACCGCCGAGAUGGAGUUUGGGAUUCGUGGGUGGGGCCUAGAGAAGGACCGCAUGCGUGGUGGGGUGUAAUGUUGUCUAUCUGUGUGUCAACCAUGGAAUCAGAGUCCGUAAGUGUCUCUACUUGCUGUCGUCGUCGGAGCCGCGGGGGGGGGGGGGGGGGUGGUCGUGGGAGGGGUUUGGGGCGGUCGUGAGACGUGACUGUUUGGCGGUGGUUCUUCUUCUUCUUUCAAUUUGAAUGGGUAAAAAUAAAUGGAAAAAUUGAUUGCUCUAGGGGCACAAUAGUAAUAUCAUGUGAGAUGUGACAGAUAGUAGCCGAGAAAGAAAUUAAUGUAACACGUGGCAUUAAUCUGUUCCAUGCAGCAUGCAGGAAUGACACGCGUAAACAUUGGAUGAA